ACAUCAUCUGAGCGGCUCGAUCCCAUGUUAACGCCUGUUUGCUUUAGUUUACGGAUAUAUCGCAAGAAACACUUCACUUAACACGAAAUUAAGGACACGCUAUCAUACUGUAUCUUAUCGGACCACAACAAAAACAAGAUAUAUAAACAUAGGAAACUUUGGCGAAUUUGGAGAGGCAGAUAUAUGCUUUUGAAGGUAGUUACUUGGAGGACACUCAGCUUUAUGGAAAUAUUAUCCGAGGUUGGGAUCGUUACCUUGCUAGUAACAAAAAUACCAACAGCAAAGCAGAUAAACGUAACAGAAAGUUUAAAGAAGCUGAACGUCUCUUUUCCAAGUCUUCCAUUACCUCAAUGGCUGCUGUCAGUGGGCUAGUUGAUCAAGGACAAGAUAAAGAUCGCAACAGUGAAACAGAAUCUCAGACAGGAAACAGUGGUAGUGAGGACAAUGUAGCAGGAAAAGAAUCCGGGAAGGCUACUGUUGCAACCAGUGCCCCUUCAGUAGUUAGUGCGCCAUCUCCCGCCGUAACUGCAAGUCCAUCACCUGUGACACCUACGAGUACAUCGGUAGCUGCAGUCAAUGGCCGAUCAACUCCUUCAGGAGAGAGGGAUCGUCCAAGUACACCAGCAAAGGAUAGUUCAGCUGCCAGCAAAGAGAAUCGUCCAGCUCCUAACAAAACUCCAGCAGUUGGAGGAACUACAGUGAACAGCACAAGUUCUGUCAAUGCUGCCAGUUCUGGGAACACAUCUGCCAAGAAACCAGUUGCAAAGAAAGCACGUCACCGAUGACAGACUGAUGAGGAGGACUGAGAGAAACUAAAAAUCUGUGACGAGAUGAAAGUAAAUGGGCUUCUGGGUCAUUACAGUUGACGAAAGAGUACAGCAGGUGCAUAUUUGUACACCUGCUCAAAAUCUGUUUCUAGCACUCGGAUCUAUUGUUAUUUCUCUCUCUUAUCAUCAACACAGAUUGAAAUUAAAAUUAUUUUCUGACAAUGAAAAAAUAAUUUGAAACUUGGAUUUAGAGCACUACUAACUGCAUUCAAAUGGAAAUCAAGAGAUACUAAAUGAAUUUAAAAUUCUUUGCUGUAAUAAUAAGUAUAGAAUACUUCCACAGUGAGAAAUGGGUUAAUUAUUAAUUGUGUAGUACAGGAUAUGCCAGAGAGCUGUAACUGUAGAGUACGUGACAUUACUGAAUGCAGCUGAAAUGCAACAUUAGAUUUUAGCUAGCAGUCAGGUACAAGCAUGUGAUAUCCAUUUCUAGGGAAAAGAAAAAGUACUUAUGCCGUAUUUUAUGUUCUUGUUUAACUUAAUUUUAUUUACAUGAUUUGAACAUAGCUAUGUUUACUCUUAUUGACGCAAUCCGAUCUAUCAAAAUCAUUGUAAGAAUGUUAUGAAAUUGUGUUUUAAGUGAGUGCCAGUGUGCCUCUAUUGUUCACAAUAAUGAAACUUCAAAUGUACAUAGAUAUACGCUGAAUUAGUGUACAUUGUUAAAUAUUUCUACUUUUAUAGUGACAACAUACCAACGUAAAUAUUGAGUUCAUAGUUUUCAGUGUGCUGUUUCGUUAAAUUUAGAUACAUAGAGUAUAUUAUAAUUUAAUAUGUUACUAAAGAGCUGUGAGAACCCUACCUGACAUUAUGCUGAAUUAUAUUGUUAAUAACGUAUUUGUGAUUAAUACUUUUCAUGAAUUGGGUACUUACACAAAUAGAACUCUUCUUUUAAAAUUUUAUCAUUUUGUGACGUGAAAAUGACUGGUAUUAAAUAAAUUCAAGUUUUAUAUAUUACA